CCAGGCGAUAUAGACCACCCUCUUAUAUCACUGGUGCUCCGAGGACAAAGUAACCUACAACCUUCAGGACAGAGGAGGGUGCUCGGAAUAAGGCUGCAACUCCUACGCAAGCUCGCAUCGGCCAACGCUUCCUCUUUACGACAUCUGUCGAACCAUAACACGAGGGAUUCGAGAUACUGCGCCGGGUUUGUUCUAGCUUACUGGUUCCUGCUGCGGAUACCAUCUGAACUUCUGGUCCUCAGGAGAGGCCAGCUGUCAAUCGGUAAAAGGAAUGAGGUCUAUAUUCGCCUACACAAACGUAAGAACACCAAGACACCAGUCACGCUGGUUCGUUAUUGUGCCUGCCGGGAAACUCAGCCCUCUGUAUGUCCCCACACGCAUGCGGAGCACUUACUGCUCUCCUCACGUACAGGCAACGUCGCUGCGAGCGAUCUUUUGUUCGACGGCAUCACGGCUAACUCUAUGAGGCAACAUCUUCGAGACACUCUGGCGGUGGUUGGCAUAGAGAACCCUGAUGUCUAUGGUCUCCAUUCCUUCAGGAGAGGUCACGCCACGGAUCUCGCAGAGCACGCGGCUUCACCAGCCACAAUUCUCCAGAUGGGAGGUUGGAGAUCCGCAGCUUUUAGAGCAUAUCUGGACCUACCGGAGGUGGAGGCCCGAGCGGCAGCAAUGAUAGUUUUGAACGAGUCCUCAGAUGAAGAGUAACAACAUCUCAUCAUUAGCAUGUUUGAGAGAGAUGCUCGGUUUCGG